CCAACUAGAUCUCGGCGAUGGCGAGAUUUCAAGACAAGGGGGUAUCAAUCAUCGAGAUCAUUGGUUGCGGCGCGCGAUGAGCGAAGAACACGGGAGGAGGAGGGAGAGGGGGGGGGGGAGAAGGAGGAGAGAGGGGAGGCGGCGGCGCGUGCAACGCCGCUCGUUCUCCGCCGGGAAAUUCCUCUAUCGUCGGCUUCUCCGGGCCGCUGACGCGGGUCCGACAUCUCGUGUAAUUCGCACGGCCAUAUUUCACCACGCCUGUGCGGAUCCUUGGUAGUAGGGCACACCUCUUAGACCCUCUCUCUCUCUCUCGACGAUUUCAAUAAAUUAUCAAAACAACGUCCGGUCCGCGCCGCGUAUUAACGUGAGAAGGGAUGAAGAGGAACGGCGACGUGUACGAGGCGAACGAGUUUAAAGCGGCAAUUUGCUCCCCGUAUCCAUCCGUCAAAAGGCCACCACGUGUUAUCUAGGGAUGGGAUCGAGCAAAUAUCUUUGAAUCCGCGAAAAAUAAUAUUAUAACGUUAUUGCAUUUGAGAAAGUGCAAGCCUAGCUCGAUCCUCCCCUGCCACUCGAACAGGUUCGGCUCGAUGAUUCCUUCAGUUGGAUCCCCCUCUGGAAUCGCGGUUCGAGACCGUCGUCUCACAGCUGUUGCAACAUUUGACGCGUCGACGUGGAAAUCUCACGAACUCGUGGUUGGCUAUCGACAAAAUUGCUCUCGGAACGAUGACGCGAAUCGAUCGUUACACCAGGGUUAAAGUGGAUACUGUCUCGACGGAUUGAAAAAUUUAAUCGUGAAAAAUGACGCUGUACCUGUAAACAAAAAAAAGA